AUGGCGCCGGACUCUGGCUGCCUCUUAAAGAAGUGGAGACAGGGAAUGUCCAAAAGGAUUCUCAUACCCAAAGAAGUGGCUGACAUUCUUAAUGCCCCCAGUGACGGUGAAGAUUUUACGGGUUUCCAGAAUGAUGCUCCUGUGCAGACAUUGUUAUCAGAGGACAGAUGUGGUAGCUUUGAUUCCCUGCAAUCAGGCAAAAAGGAUGUUCGGCUUCAGCCCAGAUACCUUACUGAAGAGUUGCAGAGGAUUUUCACUGAAGACACAGACUCUGAAACUGAAGUUUUCGAAGGUUUUCCUUCAAAUGAGGUGGAUGUGAACAAAAAACGAGUUCUGACAGCAGAGUCAGAUUUGAGUGAUGAAGAACGUGGUAAUUUAUUGGCUAGCGAGGAAGAAGAGGAGGAAGAGGAGAAGAAAGUUUCUCCCAAGAGAAGAAGCUUUGGUCUUCGUGUCGCAUUUCAGUUUCCCAGCAGAAAGUCUUCUGAAAAAAAAGUGCCUGAACCAGAUUUUUGUAAGUUACCUUUUAAGGACAAUAAAGACCUCGCACCUCUUUCCAAUGAAAGAAGUCCCAAGCGAUGGCACAAACUAGAGGGAUCUGCUUCAGAAUCUGAAGAAGACAUUAAAGAAACAGAUGAAGAAAAUUCCAGUGCUCUGCUUAAAAGAGCUAUGAAUAUUAAAGAAAAUAAAGCUAUGCUUGCCCAGCUAUUAGCAGAACUGAAUUCCAUACCUGACUUAUUUCCAGUGAAAACACCCACCUCGACUCCUUCGAAACAGAAGAAAAUCCCAAGGAGGACAUUUACUGAAGGCCAGAUAGAGCGUCGCAUGAACCCAACCAGAAAUGCUCGUCCUCCAGAGAAAUUUGCCUUGGAAAAAUUUAGUGUGUCUGCUUCCAAAUUUGCAGAACACUUCCAUAGCUACAGACAGCAAAACCUCUUGAAGAAAAGACUCAGUGUGCAGGGGGAUUGUGGCGUGCGCAAAAAGAGGAGGUCAUCAAAGUACUCGUCUUGCCGUCCUGUAGAGGAUAUUACUGCGGAAGAGUUGGACAACGUUGCAAUCACUGUUAAAGACAAAAUCUAUGAUAAAGUUAUAGGUAGUACUUGCCACCAGUGUCGACAAAAGACAAUUGAUACAAAGACAAUCUGUCGUAAUGAGGGCUGUGGAGGUGUAAGGGGACAGUUCUGUGGCCCUUGUCUUCGAAAUCGAUACGGUGAAGAUGUUAAAUCAGCACUGGUGGAUCCCGACUGGAUCUGUCCUCCGUGUCGCGGGAUCUGUAACUGCAGCUACUGCCGCCGGCGCGAUGGCCGCUGCGCCACGGGAAUGCUCAUUCACUUGGCAAAGUUCUGUGGCUACGACAACGUGAAGGAGUACCUUGAAAGUUUACAAAAACAACUGGCGGAUAACAACUGAGAACACUGCACUCAAGCUGCGCCUGCAAACAGUUAAUAUGUAGACAAGUUCUGACUUUUGAAAGGUUAUUACUGUGUUUUGUAUAAGAUAGAUUUGUAGGGUAUAGUAUAUGCAUUUUGGCAUUUAGAAUCUUUUCUAUUGGUUGGUCUUACACAGAAGAUCUCAGGAAAACGUCUCAGUAGAGAAAUCUACCUGCAGUAC